GUUGCUCAGACAUGGCAGACUCUGGUCAGACGGGGAGAGUUACAGAGAUGGAAUUCUGCAGUGAAUUACUCAGCCCCUCAGACCUCUUUGCGGCACGGUCACGGAGCCACAAGAUUCCGGUGAGAGGCCAGAAGGACUUCCUGCCAGAUGGGUCAGACCAGCAGAGGGAGAGACUGCAGCACAGCCUGGAUGAGCACUGGAACCUCAUCGCAGAGGAACGUGUGGAGAGGCUUGGAAACCUGGUGAAGGCGAAGUGGAUUCCCAGCAAGGGGCUGGUGGAGCUGCAGUCACCAGCUGGGAAGUUCUGGCAGACAAUGGGAUUCUCUGAACAUGGAAAGCAAGUUCUGUUUCCAGAAGAAGCCCUGUACCUCAUGGAAUGUGGGAAUGCGCAGGUGUUUUACCAUGACCUGCCUCUUUCAAUUCAAGAGGGCUAUGAGCGAUUUCUGGCCCAGGGCACUGUCAGCCUGCACCAGUACCAGGUGUUUGCCCACUUGAAGAGGCUUGGUUAUGUAGUGACCAGAUUUGAACCCAGGUCCGUGUAUGCACAGCAGCUAAACCUACCUCAGUCACGCGACAGGCAGGAGAGAAACCUGAAAAGGAAACGCAGCCACAGCCCUGCCUCUGGGGAGGCAGACAGGCAGGAGGAGCAGGCAGGGGAGGAGAUGGUGUUAGAGCAGGUGGGCGAUGUUGAAGACCAGAGACCCAGAGACUCGAGCUCAAAUGUGGACCCAGUAGCCCAGUGCACUCGAGAAGAUGAGAGGCCAGUGGCGGAGGGACCUGCAGAGACAGAGUCCACGGCAGACAGCGCCCCCCAGAGGAGCUGGUGGGUGGAGCAGGCAUCCGACCCUGAGGUCAGACAGCCGGGGCGGUCCGGGCCCCGCUGGGACUUCAGCGCCAUCUCCUUCCCAGACCUGGGCUGCAGAGGCCGCCCCCCUAGCCUGGCGGCCCCCGACCCCUCCCUCCUGCCCGGGACGCUCUCCGUGGGCUCCUGCGACGUCGCCCCCUGGCUGCGGAAGCUGAACCUGCGGGAGGAGCGCAUGUCGCGGCGGGAGCGCGAGCGUGAGCGGGCACGGUUCCGCCGGGGCGUGAACGAGGACCGGGAGGUGCGGCGGUGCCGGAACUGGGCAGAAUACCACCAGCUGCUGGAGAGGAGGAGCCGGCACAGCCGCCGCGACAGACCCGCACACCUGUGGGAGGGUGCGGUCGUGCCUCUCCUUCAGCCAGGGCAAUACACCAGUCCUGGUGAUCUGCUGAACAAGAUCAGUGUGAUUCAGCCGUCGCGAUUGCUGGAGGGAGCAUCCCGGCUGGGACAGGGGUCAGAGGAGUGGAGGAUCUCUUUCAACGUGUACCAGCCUGACACGGUCGCUGACUUCAAGAAGAGUAAUCCAGGGAAGCCCUACUCACGCAUGUGCGUGUGCAGUUUCGAGGGUCCCGUGCCUGACCUGCGGGCUCUGAAGCAGCUGUCCCUCCAGAGCGGGGACGUCCCGGUAACCUUCGCGGUGGUGGACCACGGGGACAUCUCCUUCUACAGCUUCAAGGACUUCCAGCUGCCCACGGACGUGUCCCACUGAAAGCAGCCGGCGGUGGCGGUGGCCGGCCCACGCAAGGCAGCGCGGCGCGUUGGAGCGACGUGGCGUCAGCUGGGCCUUCACGCCAAAGCAAUAAACAGAGCUCUCAAGUCACCGCUGCUGCUCUGGAGUGCUCGAGUGCCACGGAACGUGCCAGAAUGUUUCCAGACCAUAUCAGGAAUGCACUCAGCAUAUGGGGCUUUGCCUCGCGGGAGGACCGCAGACGUUCUGUCGCUCUCUGACACUGUUUACAGACAUAGAAGUGCUGGUGUUCAUCAGGGCGAAGCUCCGGGUUUGAUUAUCAUCCAUAGUUGUACUC